GAUGAUCGCCAAACCAAUCUAGGUCCGAAGCGCUUCCGUCUUCGCGCACGUGUGCAACAAGUGUCUGUGCAAACGAAUACCGCAAAUCCCAAGCUUGAUGAUCGUGGCAAAGGUUUACCGAGUUUUUGUGUUUACCACCCGCAGCCUGAUCUUCGGGUUCGGCGCUCUGCAGCAUCCAGCAUCAAUUAUCUCUAAAAAUCUUUCCUUCUGCCUGUUUGCGGAAAAACCCGGUGAAUUUCGAUCUGGAAUAAGGAAUAUUAUGAGCCCAACAACAAUUUCUCUGAUGAAAAAUUAAAGUUUGUUCGCAUGGGUGUCUAAUCGUGCGAUUUUCACCACUAAUUGCUUCAAAAUUAUAAACUAGCUCAUGGUUUAGACGCUCGUAUGCCUAAGCUGUUGUUCGCAUGCUUGCGUUACGUAGUUGCAAUCAUUUUAUCAAAAAAUUUACGUUCAUAGGCGAACUUUGACAUUGUUUUGAUUUGAUAUCAGCUAUACAAUCUAGCGACUCGAAGCGUCUGGCUAGAUCUAUAAGCUGAACGAACUACACCAAACGAUGAUCUAAUACAACCAACUUAUUUUUCAUCUGACGGGCUUCCAUACAAACUUAUCGAGCCCUUGAAUCACAUAAUUCAUUUCUCAUAAUCAAUUACGCGAGAUAGCAACUCACAAUCAGUUCAAUAAUGGCAUUAUGCCGCUCAUUGUUGCUUCGAACAGCGCCAUAUUCAAAUUUGAAUCUUAACAUGGCGAUCAACAGGUGUCAAAGCAGUUCAUAAAAAAUACACAGAGAUGCCGACACAAGCUUGAAGAGCUUUAAAAAUGCAAGGGCCUCAAGCUAGUGGCGCCUCUUCCUUUUAUAAUGAACAAUGAAAAAAAUCACGUUGUACGCGCCCCCGUUUGCAUGCACAUUGGCAUGCACAUUGCAUUCUACAACGAAUUCAGACUUGCAAUAAUACGUUAGUAAGUUGGUUGUUCGUGUUUUGACGUGCCAAAGUAAAAGUAAUCGCAAAAAAUCAUCGUGAAAUGAUUUUUUCACAGCAAUUUAUCCUGGUUUAUCUUAAAGGUAUCAAUGAUCUGUAAAUGAACGGUUUUAUAUUUGCUGGAAAUUACUUUGUGAAUAUGAGCGAGAUCGAGAAGACCUCUUUCUACGGAACGAGCUUGACGGAACAACAUGCAAAACAUGAAUUAAAAGUCAACAAAUAUACUCCCAUCAAUAGAGCUGAGCUCGAACCGAAAAGAAGGCGACUUUUAGGACCUUCGGAAUUUUGGGGGGAAUAUCAUACGCAACGAGAGGCACUUGAUGUAGCUUUCCAACGAAGUUCGAGCUCUUUGCAUGUUUUUGUUUACCAAAACUCUUUGGGAUUUCGCAAAUUUAUUGUUUCACAUCCGGAAAUUUACUGGCAAAUGGACAAAUAUAAACCUCCUGAGGAAAGAUGCUCCUACGAGGUGAUACCUGAUGGUGCACCCUGCCACUUAUAUUUCGACUUGGAAUUUGAAACUGAUUUAAAUCAGUUGAAAAAUGGCGCAAGGAUGACAAAGACUUUGAUAGAUAUUUUUUGUGCAUACAUUGCAGAACACUGGGAUCUUCCAUGUAAAAGAUCAAACGUAUUGAGCUUAGAUUCUACUACAGAUGUUAAAUUUAGUCGGCAUUUAGUAUUUCGGUUGAAGAAUGUUAUGUUUAAGAAUAAUAAACACGUGGGAAGGUUUGUUAAAACCGUAUGCGCUAACAUUAGACAGAGUUUGUUUGUCGAUAUCCAUAGUUCUUCGGUUAACAACAUAUUGAAAAAUUUUUCAAAAGAAGAUGUAGAAGAAUUAUUUGUUGACACCAAAAAAGGAAGAAAGCUAUUUGUAGAUGGAGGUGUUUAUACAAGGAACAGACAUUUUCGACUUUACAAAUCAACAAAGUGGGGAAAAAACUCUCAUCUUACCGAAAGUUCCGAUUCAGAGUAUAUCCCAAGCACAAAAUACAGGGAUAAAGAACUAGGAACAUUUCUGGACUCUUUAAUAUCUUUCCUCCCUGAUAAUCGAAAUCUAAGUUUGCUGGAAUAUCAAGAUAACGGCUCUGUGGACACCACUGAGUAUUCAAAAGAAUGUUUAAGCCAGCAAAUUCAAACUCAAUUGUCCCUGAAAAGUGCAGAAUCAUUGUACCCCCAAAUCGACAAAUUCAUAUUAGAUAUUGUAGCUCCUGGAAAAAUACGGGAUAUAAAAGUUGUGAUGAAUAAUCAGAAACUAAUGUACAAUAUCGCUGAUUAUAGAUACUGUGCAAACAUAGGAAGACAACACAAAAGUAAUGGAAUAUAUUGGGUGGUCGAUUUACAAAAAAAAAUAGCAUUCCAAAAAUGCUGGGAUCCCGAUUGUGCUGGCUUCAAAUCAAUACCAAAGCAAUUACCUCUGGAAGUUCAUUUUCAAAUUAAUGAUGAAAUGGAUUCCCUCCUAUCUUCUAUGCCUGAACCUGAGGUCUGCCCUGUGACUACGAAUAACCCAAGCCCUGACAUUGAAGAUGAUGACUUGGAUUUCGAGUUGCUGAAUAUUCAAAUAAAUCAAUCUAAAAACUAAUAGUAUACUGUAGAAAAAUAUUUUGGCAAUCCGAAUUUGUACAUAGUAUUCCACAAUCAGUGAUGAACGGAUAUUUGACCAUGCUUUAUUUUGUUAUCAACAUCUACGAGAUUUACAUAUGUUAUAUUUAAUCUUAUGUAUUGAUUAAAAUCAUUCUAUUUUUCUAGUA